GAUAUCACAGAGGUGUGGACUGUUAAGUCAGACGCUCAGCACUACAGAGACAGCACACAUUCGCUCAGUCGGUGUGUGUGUGUGUGUGUGUGUGAGAGAGAGAGAGAGGGACACGGAGAAAGGUCCGAGUAUGGAAUUACACUUCAGAAGGAUUUUACUGUGUGGAAUAACAAGACGAAGGAAAGUUCAGUAGCUGCAGGGCUGAGGAGCUUGAUUUCAGCUACGGAGGAAGACUCCAGCAAGCCAAUCCAUCUUGUGGGAGAUGCUCCAGGAAGCAUGGGGUGAAAUCUCAUCAGAUUAUCUUGAAAAAUUGACUGCUAGUAUGCCCAGACUGUAAUUGCUGCAAAAGAAGAGUUCCCGUUCUCCCCUGAUGUCUUACCCCCAUUGUUGGAGGUCCCCGUUCUUGAAGGGGCGGUGCUAAGCCGAGGGUCCUUCCGAAACCCUGCCCUCAGACACUGCUCCUCUCACAGCAUGGAUUCUGCCCAGUGCAACGACCGGCCUGUCAGCUACACCUCCACAUCCUCCUCCUCCUCGUCACGGGACAGCCACUGUUCAGCUGUGUUAGGCUCCGCCCCCGAGCGGGACAGAGACUCUGGGGCGAUCCGACUGGAGCUUGUCCCUGCUCGUCAGCUGGAGGAGGUGAAGCCACCUGCACCGGCCAAUCAGGAUGAGGAGCGUAAAGUGGCCUAUGUGGAUCAUGUGGUGCAGGAGAUUCUGGAGACAGAGAGGACGUAUGUCCAGGACCUGCAGAGCAUCGUACAGGAUUAUUUGGAGUGCAUCAGUAAUCAGACUCGUCCCAUGCUAGGGUUGGAGGACAGGAAUUCACUGUUUGGAAACAUCCGGGAAAUUUACUGUUUCAAUAGGCAUCUCCUGCAUGAUUUGGAAAAGUGUAAUGCAGACCCGGUGGCCAUCGCUCAGUGUUUUGUCGCGAAGAGUGAAGAAUUUCAUAUUUAUACACAGUACUGCACUAAUUAUCCAAGAUCUGUAGCCGUCCUCAGUGAGUGUAUGAGGAAUAAAGCAGUGGCGAAGUUUCUGCGUGAGCGUCAGGAGUGUGCGAAACACUCGCUUCCUCUCGGCUCCUUCCUGCUCAAACCUGUACAGAGGAUCCUCAAGUACCACCUGCUGCUGCAUGAGAUCGCCACACACCUGGAGAAGGACUCAGAGAGACAUGCUGUGGUUCAGGAGGCUAUUGACACCAUGCAGAGGGUUGCCUGGCACAUUAAUGACAUGAAGAGAAAACAUGAGAACACUGUCAGACUUCAGGAGAUCCAGAGUUUGUUGACGAACUGGCAGGGUCCUGAUCUGAUUGGCUACGGUGAGCUGGUUUUGGAGGGAACGUUCCGGGUCCAGAGGGUAAAAAACGAGAGAACGCUCUUCCUCUUUGACAAACUCCUCCUCAUCACCAAGAAACGAGAGGAGAACUAUGCGUACAAGGCACACAUACUGUGCUGUAAUCUGAUGCUGGUCGAAGUCAUUCCUAAGGAGCCGUUGAGCUUCAGUGUGUUCCACUAUAAGAACCCCAAACUACAGCACACAGUUCAGGCAAAGUCUCAACAGGACAAGCGAACUUGGAUCCAGCACCUGAAGAGGCUCAUUCUCGAGAACCAUCCAGCAAAAAUUCCAGCCAAGGCCAAGCAGGCCAUUCUGGAAAUGGAUGUGCACCAGUGUAGCCCUGAGAACCAGAACAGAACCAACCUGAAAGAAGGUCCUUCCCCCAGAAGAGCACGCAGGAAGACGGAACCUUUGUCCAAACUGCUCAAAAACAAACAUGCAAUAUCCAGUCCAGAUAUACAGAAGCGAAGCAGUUUUGGCGCAACCCUUCUGUCUCCUGUAGUCCACCUGGGCACCAUUGGUCGAUCCCGCAGCCUUGUCAGCCAGUCACAGGAAUCACUGGACCCUGGCGACCAUGGUGACCAUAGUGACAUAGACGAGGGGUUACAUCCACAGGAUGCGGAUGAUGAAGAUGACAGUGGACUGGGCUCUGGAGGUAAGCUACGUGUACCUGGAAAGAGUAGCAGAAAAAGGCUAAAUGCUCAGGUGUCAGUGGACAGCAUCGACCAGUGGAAGAACCACAGCCUUGACCAUAUUGAUCUACAGACGGCAAAAGAGUCUCUGCAGAAAGAGACGGUGCACGCACCCAUCUUACGGGUGACCUGUCCUCCAGAAACACGGACGGAUGAUCACUUUUCCCAGUUGCUGGGCACAAGUAGUGGACAUUCUGUCCCAAAUAUAUGGGCAGACCACAGAGUGCGUCGAGCCAUGUUCCCUACUCGUCAAAAGACUGUCCAAAUCGAUGACGAUGAAGAUAUUUAUCAGAUGUUUGUUCCGACUGAAAACGAUACAAGUGGGCAUGAUGCAGAAAGCGAUCAUGACACAGUUGAUGAUCGUCCUGGACGCCCAUGCAGUUGGCAUGUUGAACAGACACAGUCAGGGCAGUUAGACCUCCCAGCCAGCAGGGGAAAAGUUUUACGUAGGGCAAGUAGUGUUGGAGAGCAACAAAGUGAGCGACAAAGUCCUACAAAGAGAGCUGUUCUCACAGAGGAAGUACACAAUAAUACAGAGUCAUCAAGUAAUGAGAUAUCUGGAUCUUCCUCCGCUGAACAGCUAACGAUUGACGAUGUUGAGAAUGUUUACGAUAAUAUUAGUUAUGAAGAACUGCAAGCCAUGGGACUGAUUCGGAAGGAUCUGGAGGUUAAUCACUCCUCUUCUGAGGCAAAACAAGUUGUACCUCCACAAAUCUUAGUUUCUGCAGUUGAAAUGGAGAGCUCAUCUGAAAGCAACAGGUCCUCAUGCCAAGAGGGGGCACCAUUUGAAUCUGCUGUGCAGACACCAGAGGAAGAGGAAAAUGUAUAUGAUACCAUUGUGUUUCAUGACCUGCCACCUUCGGUCACUGAGAAAGGAAGAGGAAAUGAGCAAGCAGCCAAACAGGAUCACAUGCAAUCGUCCAAGACAGACAGGACAGUGAGCCAAAACACAGGAACUGUUAUUUUAGAUGGAACACCAAAUCUGGAUUACAGCAAACCAGCAACUCGACCCCUUCCAGAGAUUCCUACUGUUUCAGUCACUGAUAUGGACAUACCAUUACCUUUAGAUAAACCUCCCGAGCAGUCUGUGGCUGAUCACAUGUCGGAGCAAGUUGAUGAGAUCUGGAAUGAUCUGGAAAAUUACAUCCGGAAUAAUGAAAAGAAAGCAGACAAGCUUCCUGCUGCAUUCCCUGUCAAUAGACCAGAAUCCCCACGCAAGACGUGUAAAAAUGAAAGUUCUUCAGAUAAACCAAACAGCUCUCCAACAAAGGUAGUCAAAUCUCAGCCGAAAUCACAAGAAUCUCAAGAAAAGACACGAAAAUCGCAUCAGUCUCCCAGUAAAAAAUGUAGUUCUGGAAACAAAACUAGUGACUCUAAAGUCAAAACAGAUGGUGCUAAGAAGGUGAAGAAAAGUACAUCAUCACCCAGUUCUCCAGCCUUCCACCCCAUUCCAACAUUCAAAUUUCCAGUGCUCAGCGUUCCCAAACUUGUGCGAGAGCCUACAUUUGAGAUAGAUGAGCCUGAAUCCCCUCCAUCUACACCUCCAGCCACCCCUUCUGCUCCCUGUGUCUCCACCUCUGCUCCCCAGGUCUCCACCUCUGCUCCCUGUGUCUCCACCUCUGCUCCCCAGGUCUCCACCUCUGCUCCCCAGGUCUCCACCCCUGCUCCCCAGGUCUCCACCCCUGCUCCCCAGGUCUCCACCCCUGCUCCCCAAGUCUCCACCUCUGUUCCACAAGUCUCCACCUCUGUUCCACAAGUCUCCGCCUCUGUUCCACAAGUCUCCGCCUCUGUUCCACAAGUCUCCGCCUCUGUUCCACAAGUCUCCGCCUCUGUUCCACAAGUCUUCGCCUCUGUUCCACAAGUCUUGAGCCCUUUACCUCAAGUCUCAAUCCCUGUCAGCCAAGUCUCCAGCCCUGUUCCCCAUGCCCAUGUCUCCAGUCCUAUUCCUGAAAUCCAAAUCUCCAGCCCUGAACCUCCACCCGGUACAGUCAAGAGCAUUCGGAACAAACUAGCUAGGCUUAGCAGUGGAAGUUUCCGCAUGGAUGAUGAGGAUCCUCCUACACAGAAAGACCCUGAGCUGCAAGCACUAUUUAGUGGUCUGGACCCUUCAUUUCUUCCCCUGGCAUCUUCUGGUCUUCUUUUGGGUGGAGACGCUGGAGACCAGUUUCUGGAAUUAGGGGAUAAAGGUAGAAACAGAGUAUUCCUCAUGGCCAGACAGUACAGCCAGAAGAUCAAGAAGGCUAAUCAGCUAUUGAAGAUGAAGAGCAUGGACCACGAGCCAAGCUGCACAAGAAUCAGGACCAACAAGGCAAAAGAUUUAGCUGCCAUUCUGGAAGAGAAGAAGCAAGGAGGAGCAGCUAUAGGAGCAAGGAUAGCGGAGUAUUCUCAGUUAUAUGAGCAGGUGAUGUUUAAGGAACCUUCUACCGCUACUCCAGUGCUGAAAUCUUCCGCUAGUGUGUCAGGACCUCACCCGUUGUAUUCACGAUCAGGCUUGGCUUCCUCCCCAUCUCUGCCUGAGAGUGCCUUCCCAGAGACUGAUUGGUUAAACUGCACCUACAGCAAUGGCGAACUUGCUGGCUUUGUGUCCUGGCCUGCUGAAGUCGGAGGGCACUCUUCGAUCCCUCAGCGAAAGCUGUCUCCUGCAGUAUCCGUCCCUGCCUUGAAGAACCUUCCUCCACCUCCGAAUACUCCAUCCAAUCAACGCUGGAGUGCCUGUGUGACUCCAACCAGCAAAGAUGACUCUGAACAUGUUUAUAGCACUUUAGGGCAGCGCGAUUUUAAAACUCCACCCUAUAACCGCUGUCAGUCCUCGUCCUCGUUGGCUGAGCAGCAAGAGAAAGAGAACAGCGGGAGUGCGGGUAAUCUUGGACACACCAGUCAUCCACUAGGGGCUGCGAUUGCAGGACGUGGUCUUGGGCCACGGCAGCACAGCCUUCCUGAGAGUCCUGUCCAAACGACCUCGGACCUUUCCCAGUCAUGUGAUCUCACACUAAGAGACUCUCAGCAAGUGCUGGUGCUGAACAGACAGUCAAAUCCGAAUGCGAUCAGUGCCACACAGAACUACCUGGCCAACUUCAAAGACAACGGCGAUGAUGAUGAUGAUUAUGUUGAAAUCCGAUCUGAGGAUGAGAGCGAUGGCAUGGAAAAAGGAUGUACAGCGAGUCCUCAAUCAGCUCUGCACAGCUAUGUCUGGAGUGACCCCAAUGACAGCCAGCAAACGCUCAAUCAGCCAAAAAUUGUCCAGUCACUGCGAGAGAAGUUCCAGUGUCUUGGUUCCAGCAGUUUUGCUUAAAGAAUGGACAUGACUAUCAAUUGUACUCGAUUGCAAAAAUAAAGGCAAUUGCAAAUUA